AUGGCCCUUUCAAUUCACGAAGUUGCCUCUCGCUCAGUCGCAGCGAGAAGGCGCAUCCGCAAGUACAUAUACGAGACCCCAAUAAUUCCAGCCCGAAAAGUCGGUCUCGCACAGGGUUCCAGUGUUCUCUUCAAGGCAGAAAACUUCCAGCUCACCGGAUCUUUCAAGAUAAGGGGCGCCAUGAACAAAAUGUCUGUGAGCGUUUCAGACCAACGACUUAUCACGGCGUCGUCUGGAAACCAUGGUGUUGGCGCGGCGCAUGCGUCUGGGGUGCUCUCUAAAGAUUUAACAGUCGUGCUACCUGAGACUGUUCUUCCUGCCAAACUUGGAAAGAUCAAAUCUUACGGUGUUAAUGUCAUCCUCCACGGCGCAGAGACUGGCCUUGCUGAGAAGCACGCCCAGCAGCUCGCUGCUUCAGGUGAAUAUGCAUAUAUCUCACCGUACAAUGACUUGGACAUUGUGGCUGGACAGGGAACGAUUGGAAUUGAAAUCUUGGAGCAAUGCGAGAGUGUGGACAAUGUAUUCAUUUCAAUGGGUGGCGGGGGACUUAUCAGCGGUAUCGGUUCCGUCAUCAAGGCCUUCAACCCUCAAACCACAAUCUACGGAGUCUCUGCUACAAACUCUCAGGCUCUUGCAAAGUCCAUGUCUUCAGGCCGAGUCGUAGAGACGCACCACCUCCCAACACUCGCUGAAGCAGUCGCCGGUGGACUUGACGAAGAUACUGUUACUCUACCGCUGGCUCAAUCGGUGGUUGAUCACGUCAUUGAGUGCGAAGAAGAUGAUAUUCUCACUGCUCUGAAAACAAUAGCUUUUGACGAAAACAUGAUUGUGGAAGGAUCUGCAGCACUGGCUUUGGCUGGAUACAACAAACAUGCUGAUAAGUUGGCUGGGCAGACAUCUGUUAUUCUCCUAUGUGGUGCAAAUGUUAGUGAAGACUUUCUUGAACAGGUUAUACAGGGUUCUGGACGAGAUUAA